AUGGUCCAAUCCGAAGAUGUUGCGAAAGAAGAUGUUGAAGCGAUGAAGAGGAAAUAUGAGGUACUAUCUUUGGUUUCGGCUUUUAGACCUUGCAUGCGGAUGUUUCAGCAAAGAAGGCAACAAAUUCUACUAGAAGAACAGAAGAAGAAAAUGGACGGUAUGAACAUUUCUUCCGAGGAUGAAGAAUUCGAUGAUGAAAUGUUCUUGUCGGCUGCUCAACGUCGUAAAGAAAAGCUUCACCGUCGAGCACUGCUGAAGCAUGUUCUUGCGCCAACUUCAGCACAACAAGAAGAAGAGAUGGCGGCAAAGAGGCGAAAGCAAGCAGCAGAUAAAAGAACGGAGGAAUCCAGAAAAACCUUGCUCGAGAAGCAUGCUGAACUCAAGGAACGAGAUGCUGAAAUGGAUCCCAAAGAAAGACAAAGACUGGAAGAAGAGAUCCUACUUGAAAGUGUCACACAGAAUAGCGCUCUUCAUGCUGCUGUGGAGAUCGCUCAUGGUGUACAAUAUACCGAGUCAUUUCGAACAUCAUGGCGUCCACCGUCACAUAUUCGAAACCAAACAGAAGAAGAUUUUGACGCCUACAGGAAAAGAAAAGGGAUAAGUGUAGAUGGUAUUGAGUGUCCACCACCCAUUGGAAGCUUCGUUGAGAUGAAAUUUCCCAAGUGUAUACUGCGUGCAUUGAAAAGCAAUGAUAUCCACAUCCCAACUGCGGUACAGAUCCAAGGAAUACCGGUCGCCCUUAGUGGUCGCGACAUGAUUGGCAUUGCGUCAACUGGUUCCGGGAAAACUUUGACGUUUGCGUUGCCUCUAAUAAUGUUCUGCCUGGAGCAAGAAUACGUUAUGCCGUUUGAACGUGGUGAAGGACCAUAUGCUUUGGUGAUAGUGCCAUCGCGGGAAUUAGCCAGGCAGAUUUAUGAUGUAAUUGUGGACCUAUUCCAAGCAAUUGAACGUGAUUCUAGUUUGCCUAAACUAAAAGCAGGCCUAUGCAUCGGCGGAGUUCCUGUGCGAGAGCAAGCGCAGGUAUUCAAAGAUGGAGUGCACGUCUGCGUCGCCACACCAGGUCGUUUGUCAGAUAUGCUUACGAAGAAGAUCUUCAAUCUGGAGGUGUGCCGUUACCUAGUGCUUGAUGAAGCGGACAGAAUGUUGGAUAUGGGUUUCGAAGACGAGCUGAAAUCAAUAUUUGCUUUUUUCAAAGCACAACGUCAAACCCUUCUGUUUUCUGCCACAAUGCCCAAAAAGAUCCAAAAUUUCGCUAAGUCAGCUCUGGUUCGACCUGUGGUUGUAAAUGUGGGCCGUGCUGGUGCAGCUUCGCUGAAUGUAUUGCAAGAGAUUGAAUACGUAAGGACAGAAGAUAAACUCACGAGAGUUCUGGAUUGUCUUCAAAAAACAGCACCAAAGUUUGUGUACUUAUUCUCUCUGCCUGUUGUAGUGGUUAAACUCAGGGUUUCGUUCAGGGUUCUUAUAUUUGCUGAGAAGAAAAUGGAUGUCGACAACAUAUACGAAUACUUGUUAGUAAAAGGAGUCGAAGUUGCAUCCAUUCACGGUGGAAAAGAGCAACGUGAUAGGCAUAUUGGAAUAGACGAGUUCCGUCAUGGUCAGAAGGAUGUGCUAGUCGCAACAGACGUCGCAUCAAAGGGCCUUGAUUUCCAGGUAUCUUUCCUGUGUUAUUCAUAUUUACCAGUUGAUUCUCAAUUCAUUUUAACGCUUCAAAGAAAGCUUUAA